AUGAAAGGCAGAGAAGGCAAAGGACCUCCUUCAGCAGAUCUAUUGGUAUGUUUUCCUUCUAGAGCGCAUCUAACACUGAUGCCAAAGCCCAUUUGCAGCCCAGCUAGGCCCAACUCAGAACCCAACAAGCGCCACCAGCAUCACCACAACCACCGUCCAAGGCUGCAUCGGCACCUGAGGAAAUCUAGUAAUAGAGGUGGUGGUGGAGGCCAUGCUAGUCCUCUCGUGUGGGCGAAAAACAAGGCGACAAGCUCUGAGAUUGAAGAACCGACAUCCCCAAAAGUCACAUGUGCUGGACAGAUUAAAGUAAGGCCUAAACCUAACACAUGUAAGAAUUGGCAAUCUGUCAUGGAGGAGAUUGAAAGGUUGCACAACAGCAAGAAACACAAGAAAAGGCCUACUUGGAUUGAAGCACUUGGAUUGAAGAAAGAUAUAAUGCAAUUCUUGACAUGUUUACGUAGCAUUCGAUUCGAUUUUCAUUGCUUUGGUUCAUUUCCUACAGCGGAUAUAACCUCAGAUGACGACGAAGAAGAUGAAGACAACCACCAGCAGAUACACGAUGAGGAUAAUGAAACUUCGAGAACUGUAUUCUCCAAAUGGUUCAUGGUUCUGCAAGAAAAUCAAAGCAAACAGUUCGCAGAAAAGGAGAGCAGGGAGAAGAAUUAUAAAUCUAGUACUGAUGAUGAUGUGCCUUGUGUCCCACCACCAAAUGCACUUUUACUCAUGCGUUGUCGAUCUGCUCCUGCAAAAAGCUGGCUGGAGGAUAUAGAAGCAGGAAAAAAGGAAAAUGAUGAUCAAGAAGAAGAAGAGGAAGAUGAAGACGAAAACGAAGACGAAGACGAAGGAAAAUUAACCAAGGAAGAAGAAGAAAAUGCAAAGAGGAAAGAAAAUUCAGUGUUGAUGCAAUAUGGAGCAGAUUUUUACAAAAUUUCUACUGAUAUUGCAAAAGAAACUUGGGUUGUGGGAGGAAUAAAAGAUUCACUAUCAAGGAGUCGCAGUUCAAAGAGAUGA